AUGGCGGACGAAGAUGUAGUGAUGACGGAUGCGCCCAAUGUCAGCGGCACAAACACCUCUGGUCCUUCUCGACACGCAGGAACGGUGAGCGAAGCCGCGAAGGCCGAUGCUGCCACUGCUAAAGACAAGGGCAACGAUGCUUUCAGAGCAGGCCAACACGACGAGGCGAUCAGGCUUUACACACAAGCCAUCGAGUCGAAUCCUCAGGAACCUUCGUAUUACACCAAUCGAGCAGCAGCGUACAUGAGCAAAAAGCAAUUCAAGCUCGCCUUGUCAGAUUGUCAGCAGGCUGCCGCUUUGCAAUCUUCAUCACCACAGGCCAAGACGCUCAUUAGGCUAGCUAGGUGCCACUUCUCGCUCGGCGAGCUGGACGCAGCCGACACUGUUCUCUCUCAGAUCACGGACGCGGGUGGCAUAGAUCCAGGUCUGGAUGCUGCCAAAUCGCUUCAGCAACAGGUCCGAUCGACUAGAUCUCAUCUCGAGACAUUCAGAAAGAGUUUAGAAUCAAAGGAUUGGAGUCAUGCGCAGAUGGCCCUCUCACAAGCUGAAAGGGCAGUCUCGGAAGUGCCCGUGGCAUGGCGAUUGCUCCGAGCAGAGCUCUUGCUCAGGAAGGGCGACAUGGAUGGAGCGAAUGGAUCAGUCUCGGAUGUGUUGAGGCUAGACUCUAAUCAGCCAGACGCUCUUUUCAUGCGCGCGCGGAUCCUUUGUGCGCGUGGCACAGAGAUGGACAAGGCUGUCAAGACUUGUCAAGCUGCUUUGAGGUCUGAUCCGGAGCAUGCUGGCGCUCGAGCGCUCCUCAAACGAUGCAGGAAACUCGAAGCUGUCAAGAAUGAGGCCAACGAAGCGUUCAAGAAGGGCAGCUUGCAAGAAGCGAUCAAAUUAUACACUGACGCGUUGCAAGCUGCUGAUGAAGCCAUCUCUGCCGAAGGAGAAGUGGCGGGCUUCAAGGCGCUCCUCUACUCGAACAGAGCGACAGCGAACUACAAAUUGGAAAAGUACAGAGAAGCGAUUGCGGAUUGCGAUGGCGCGCUCAACUUGAACCCAGGCUACUCCAAGGCCCUUCGCACGCGCGCACGCUCAAAGUUGAAGAACGAGAACUACGAGGAAGCCGUGCGAGACUUUAAAGCGGCAGUAGAAGAAAGUCAGGCUUCGGGCAACGCCACGGAGCUCAACGGCUUGAAGCAAGAGCUCAGGUCUGCUGAAGCCGAUUUGAAGAGGAGCAAAAAGAAGGACUACUACAAGAUUCUCGGCGUGCCCAAAGACGCGAGCUCAGCAGACAUUAAGAAGGCCUAUCGCAAAGAGUCGCUCAAACAUCACCCAGACAAGGGCGGAGACGAGGAAAAGUUCAAGCUGACAAACGAAGCUUUCAGUGUCUUGUCGGAUGAUCAGAAGAGGAGACGGCACGAUAUGGGAGCAGACGAUCCUGACAGCGAUUCACCUUUUGGCGGCGGAGGUGGAGGCGGGUUCCCUGCUGGAGGGUUCCACUUUGCCAAUGGAGGCGGAGGCGCAGGAGGGCCUGACAUCAACUUGGCCGACCUGUUCGGUGCGUUUGGUGGCGGCGGGGGAGGAAUGGGAGGAAUGGGAGGAAUGGGAGGAAUGGGAGGAGGAGGAGGAGGAGGAGGAAUGGGAGGCUUCCCUGCAGGCGGGAUGGGCGGCAUGGGAGGAGGAGGUUUCCCACCUGGAUUUGGAGGUGCUGGGAUGGGCGGCUCUUCAUUUGCUGGAGCUGGAGGUCCAUUCGGUGGAACAGGCCCCAGUGGAGGAACAAGAAGACAACAAUCGCGAUCCAACGCGCAAAAUCCCCCUGGUGGUUUCCAGUUCAACUUUGGGUGA